UUUGAAUGUGUUACAAUAAUAAAGAAGUGUUAAAUUGUGGAUGUUGAGAUAUGAAAAUAAUUUUUGAACACAAAGCAUUUCCAGCAUUCUUAUUGCUUUGCAUCUGCUUGGUUUUCUUACAAACAAUUUAUCUGAAUAAAACAAGGGACAUGGAUUUGAUCAUUCAUGGAGUAAAUGUUCAAUCUUUCCACGAUGUCCAAAACUUAAAAUUUCAGGAUCUUGAUCAAAGAGCAAAGAGGAUGCUAAAAGAGGAAAGGAAUAUAACUUUUUCCAAAUCUCUAACACGCAGAUUGCCAAACGCAAUUAUAAUUGGAGUGAAAAAAUGUGGAACGCGUGCAUUAAUCGAGUACCUUAGACUGAAUCCAAAUAUAAGAGCUGCGGGACCAGAACCUCAUUUCUUCGACAGAUAUUAUCAUUUAGGACUUGAUUGGUACAGGCAAAAGAUGCCAAAGUCGUAUGGCGGACAUUUAACAAUAGAGAAAACUCCGAGAUAUUUCGUAACGAAGGAAGUGCCAGAAAGGAUUUAUAAUAUGUCAAAAUCUAUCAAACUUAUACUAGUUGUGCGAAAUCCAGUUACUCGUGCUAUUUCUGAUUUUACACAAGCUGUAAGUAAAGGAGAAUACAACAGCACAGUAACAUUUCAAAGCAAGGCUAUACGCCGUAACGGAACCGUAAAUAUGAAAUGGCCGGCUGUUAACAUAGGUCUUUAUGUAAAUCAUUUAAAACGAUGGUUAGAAUAUUUUCCGAUGGACAACAUACAUAUUGUUGACGGUGAAAAGUUAAUAACAAAUCCGGUGCAGGAAUUAAAUGCUGUCCAAGAUUUCCUACAAGUGGAAAGAGAUAUUCCAGAAAGCUCCAUUUAUAUGAAUACUUCCAGAGGCUUUCCGUGCAUUAAGAAAGAAAAUGAGACACCAGGAUUUAGAUGUUUUAGGAAUUCAAAGGGACGACCUCACUCUUAUGCUGAUACAAAAACAUUAAAAAUAUUACACAAUUUCUACAAACCGUAUAAUAUUAAAUUCUUUAAAAUGAUAAAUAAACGUUUUAUAUGGUAAUUUCGAAUCAAAUAUUGUAUAACAUUUAAUACAAAAAAAACCGACGAAAGACAAUGCAACCUCUUAUGAUUUCAAAAAAAAUUCAGGCAAUUAAAAGUGAUAAAGUUAAAUCGUUAUCGUAUUUUUAUGAGUUUUAGAGUUUACCUGAAUUAUAGUACUGUAACAAAAAUAGUUUCGCAUACUGACAAAUCAAUUUUGCAUGUA